AUGACGAGCACAACGAAUUCCAAUCUGCAUAAUUACAAUCACGAGCUCGUGGCCUGCAUCGACGAUCUGCGCCGCAAGCGCGAAGAAGUCAACCGGCAGCUUAUUAAAGAAGAGGAGGACAAAGCGAAAGUGCAGAAAGAGAUUAUCAUUCUGCAAGAGCGGCUCCAGAAGCUGAACGAAAGCCUGGCUCGCAAAAUCCAGGCGAGAAACGAGUACGACAAAACCAUCUUGGAAACGGAGGCAGCAUACACGAAGGCAAAAUCUGCACAGACGCUGCUGCACGUUCUCAAGCGAGAGUCUGUACAUCUCGGCAGGAAAACGGCGGGCGAUCCGGGUGAUGUGCCAGGAACUGGUCUUUCAGGAAUUGGAUCAGAGUUUGUACCCGGCAGCGUACCCGAGCAGCGCCAACGACGCCUGGGAGGAGCCAAAUCGGGUUCUGGUGCUUUUUAG